AUGUCUAGUUUUAGUAUUGAUGCAAAAAUUCUCAACAUUACCACUGAUCAAUCUGCUCUUCUUGCCUUGAAAGCUCAUAUUUCUUAUGACCCUCACCAUAUUUUGACAACAAAUUGGUCCUCCACUACUUCAGUUUGCCAUUGGGUCGGUGUCACCUGUGGUUCCAGGAAUAAUCGGGUUACAGCCUUGAACCUUUCUAACAAUGGUUUUGUAGGAACAAUUCCUCCACAUAUAGGAAACCUUUCAUUUCUUGUCAGCUUAAGCAUCAGGAACAAUAGUUUUCAUGGCUCAAUGCCAAACGAAUUGUCUCAUCUUUUUCGCUUGGAACUCUUGCAUUUCGGAUACAAUGAAUUUAGUGGAGAAAUCCCGUCAUGGAUAGGAUUGCUAACCAAACUUCAAGUUUUAAUUCUUGUAACCAACAAUUUCGAAGGUACUAUCCCAUCAUCUCUAUUUAACAGUACAUCUUCAUUGCAACAAAUUGUACUUGAAGAUAAUCAACUUUGGGGCUCUAUACCAUCCUCUAUCUUCGAGAUCAUGUCUACCUUGAAAGUAAUUUCUCUAGCAGAAAACAAGUUUUCAGGUCCAAUGCCCUCCAUUUUCUUCAACAUGUCUUCACUGCAAUAUAUUGAUUUCAGCAAUAAUACGCUAUCUGGUACACUACCACCGGAAGUAGGCAACUUAACCAUGCUUACAAUUUUAAACCUUGCCAAUAACAACUUCGAAGGUAGUCAGCUCCCAUCCUCUUUGUUCAAGUGCAAACAGCUGCAAUUUUUAAACUUGAUGUCUAGUAAUUUCACAGGAAAACUAUCACCCGAAAUAGGGAACUUAACCAAGCUCACAUUUUUAAGUCUUGGCUACAACAACUUCGAAGGUACGUCCAAAUGA